AUGUCCAACCUUCCUCCCGUCUACAUUGUCUCGGUCGCCCGAACCCCCGUUGGUUCCUUCCUUGGGUUCACAGCUACUGACAGCAAGAAUAGCUCCCUCUCCAGCUUGAGUGCCACUCAGCUCGGCUCUGUCGCCAUCAAGGGCGCCGUCGAGCGUGCCGGCAUCAAGCCUGAGGAGGUCGAAGAGGUCUACUUUGGCAAUGUCCUCUCCGCCGGUCUCGGCCAGGGCCCUGCCCGCCAGUGCGCCAUUGGCGCUGGUCUGUCCCAGUCGACCAUCUGCACCACCGUCAACAAGGUCUGCGCCUCGUCCCUCAAGGCCAUCGUCCUCGGCGCCCAGAACAUCAUGCUCGGCACCUCGUCCGUCGUCGUCGCGGGCGGCACCGAAUCCAUGUCCAAUGCCCCCCACUACCUGCCCAACCUCCGCACCGGCGCCAAGUACGGCGACCAGACUCUCGUCGACGGCGUCCUCAAGGACGGUCUGACCGACGCCUACAAGAAGGAGCACAUGGGUCUCGCCGGCGAGCUCUGCGCCUCCGACAACGACCUGUCCCGCGAGGCGCAAGACGAGUACGCCAUCAACUCGUACAAGAAGGCCCAGGCUGCUACCGCCGCCGGCCUCUUCAAGGAGAUUGUCCCAGUUGAGGUCCCCGGUGGCCGUGGCAAGCCCAACGUGAUUGUCGACAAGGACGAUGAGGUCAAGAACCUCAACGAGGACAAGCUCAAGGCCAUGCGCCCCGCCUUCAAGUCAGACGGCACCAUCACCGCCCCCAAUGCCGCCCCCAUCAACGACGGUGCCGCCGCCGUUGUCCUCAUGUCCGAGGCCAAGGUCAAAGAGCUUGGAGUCAAGCCCAUUGCCAAGAUCCUCGGCUGGGGUGAUGCCGAGCGCGAGCCUGAGCGCUUCACCGUCGCUCCGGCCCUCGCCAUCCCCAAGGCCAUCAAGCACGCCGGCCUCACCGAGAACGACAUUGACUUUUACGAGAUCAACGAGGCCUUCUCCGUCGUUGCCCUUGCCAACAUGAAGCAGCUCAACCUGUCCGCGGACAAGGUCAACGUCUACGGCGGCUCCGUUGCCAUCGGCCACCCCCUGGGCUGCUCCGGCGCCCGUGUCCUCACCACCCUCACCUCGGUCCUGAAGGAGAAGAACGCCAAGAUUGGCUGCGUCGGCAUUUGCAACGGCGGUGGCGGUGCCUCUGCCCUUGUCAUCGAGAACCUUCAGUAG